AUGGCUGACAUUACCCCUUUCAAAGUGUCUAUUCCGCAAGAGUCUCUCGACCGUCUCCACCAGAAACUAGCUCUGGCUGACUUCCCAGACGAGCUCGACGAAGCCGAGUGGGAUUAUGGCGCACCACUCGCAGAUAUCAAACGCCUGACCAAACACUGGCUUGAGAAGUAUGACUGGCGAGCAGAAGAAAGAAAGAUCAACGAACUACCCCAAUUCAAAACAUCUGUUACCAUUGACAGAUUCGGAGACCUUGAUUUGCAUUUCGUACACCAGAAAUCUCCAAUCAAGAAUGCGAUUCCAUUGAUAUUUGUCCAUGGAUGGCCUGGCAGUUUCCUCGAAGUCACCAAAAUCCUGCCCCUUCUUUCUGGUAGCUCCGACGGCUCCCCGGCCUUCCACGUCAUUGCCCCUUCAAUCCCCAACUUUGGCUUCUCUCAAGGUGUCAAGACGAAAGGCUUCGCAGUUCCACAAUACGCAGAAGCCUGCCACAAGCUCAUGCUGAAGCUCGGCUACAACGAAUACGUAACCCAAGGCGGCGACUGGGGCUGGUGGAUCACCCGCACAAUCGGCCGCCUCUACCCCACCCACUGCCUGGCCUCCCACUACAACAUGCUCUCCACCGUCCCCCCUUCCCCGACCACCAACCCGCUCCUCUCCCUCCAACACGCCUUAACCCCCUACACGGCCGCCGAGCGCGCCGGCCUCGCCCGUACCGCCUGGUUCCGCGCCGAAGGCCAAGGCUACGGCGCGAUCCAGAACACCAAGCCGCAGACCCUCGGCUACAGCCUCGCCUCCUCGCCCGUCGGGCUGCUCGCCUGGAUCUACGAGAAACUGCACGACUGGACCGACAGCUACCCGUGGACCGACGACGAGGUGCUGACGUGGGUCAGCGUGUACUACUUCUCGACGGCCGGCCCGGCCGCGAGCGUGCGCAUCUACUACGAGAACACGCACGAUGCGCAGGACGCGCGCACGGGCCUGCCGGCGUGGAAGCUGGCGCAGCGGUGGACGCCCGGCGUCAAGAUCGGCGUGGGGCAUUUCCCGCGCGAUAUCUACGUGCUGCCGCCGCUGUGGAGUCGCGCGCUGGGCGAGGUGGUGUACGAGGGGCGGCAUGAGCGCGGUGGGCAUUUCGCGGCGUAUGAGGUUCCGGAGCUGAUUGUGGGGGAUUUGAGGGCGAUGUUUGGGAAGAGGGGUGGGGCGUUUGGGGUUGUGAAAGGGAAGGAUGGGGUGGUUGGGUAG